CACAACCCGGAAGUAAAACAUAAACAGGAACACGUGGGUUUGAGGCUGAGAUGGAGGAGACAGACUGUAAUGAUGUGUUGGAUGACUGGUUCAUCGAAUCCCUGAAAACGUACACAGAUCUCCAUGUGUAUCAGCUGGAACAUCCCACACAGGUCUUGGAGUGGACGUCAGGGAGGACCGUGUGUGUCGCAGGAUACAACCCGACUAAAAAUGAAAUCCUGGAGCUGAACUUGCCUCUGAAACUGUUUGCUGAUGAAAACAAGGGUCUCUGUGCAGAAAGGGACUUCAAAGUUGUCCACGGUGGGUUCACAGACGGUCCUGUCCGCUGCCUCAGACACGUCCCAGGAACAAGGUGUGUCGUUACCAACGACGGGCUGAGCUCAGACCUGCAGGUGUGGAGCGUCGGAGGAGACGACAGCGACGUGAUCAGAUUAACGGGGCGCGUCGAGGGGAGGAAGAGGGAGAAGAGGAGGAUUAGUGUUUCAGAAGGAAGCUGCAGGAUCGCAGCUCGACUCUCGUCACAAGUUCUUCAUGGAGCUCAGAGCAGCGACGUCCAGCUGACUGAACUGACCUCAGGACAGAUUCUAUACUCGCUAGAGACGGACUCAGAUGAUCCUCUGAGUUCUUUACAUUUUGUGUCAGACGCCGUUUUCCUCGCCGGCUGCUCGAACGGGAACGUUUACGUCGCCGACACUCGGACGUCUGCUGCUCCUCAGCUCUACCCGCCGCCGGCGUCCUCAGGUGAAUCCGUCCUCUGGUGGACGGACGCCUCCACCUGCAGCGUCGUCAGACUCUCCUCGUCUGGACUGGCGGUGAUUUCAGACCUGAGGAACCCCGGAGGAGCCGUGAGUCGUACUCAGCUGGACGUCCAAUCAGGUCGCUGCAACCCGGAGGUCAGCGUGUCGUGGGCUCCGGCGCUGGACGACUGUAUCGCAGUGUCAGGUUUCAGUGGAUCAGUUCAGAUCUACAACACAUCGCUCUGGACGACGGCGCCGCAGCAGGAGGUUCAUCCGCUGUUUGAGCAUCGCGGUCACGCCGUUUCCUCGCAGUCCGGCGACGACGUCUUCAUCACCGCCCACGUCUGGCAUCCCGAUCGACCGCGGACGCUGCUGUCUGCGGCCUCGGACGGAUCCGUCCACGUCUGGGACUGGGUCGACCAAUCAGCUCAGGAGAAGGAUGAAAAGAGCUGAUGUCACCACUGAGGGACAGCUCGAUGGAUUUACCUUUUACUGAAAACAUGAAAACAAAAGGAGAACUGAUCUCCUGAUUAAGCAGAUAAAAACAAGAAUUAUGGUGUGGUGUUGUAUUCAAUACCUUCCUGUAUAUUUAGGCUCCAAACUGACCCUUAAAGGACCAUUUCUUCUGUAAAAACCUGUAUUUAAACUGUUUACUGUGUUUCUGCAACAAGAAGAAGCAGUUGAGGUUUUGCUAUUUUGAAAUCUCUAAAAAGCUGAAAAUAAGUAGCUUUCCCCUCUAUUGCAUCGGAGAGAAACAUCUUCAUGAACAGAUAACAACAGAGGGAAAUAAAAUAUGGGGUGACCCAUUUAAAAUGUAAAUACUGAAAACAUCUGUGUCCCAACAUGAAAACAUCUGUGAUUCAGUGAUGCAGCGAUAUCCGACUCUGAGAACAAUGAGUGAAGUGAGUCACAUGUAAAAGUUAGUUUCAGGUCAGAAGAUGUUGAAAUGUUUUUUAGGAUCUUUUGUUUGUAAAAAAAAUUUUUUAAAUAAAACAUU